CCAGAAAAUGCUUUAAGAACAGAACUUAGAGCUCUGAAACAAUACAUUAAACUAUCGCGCUAUAACAGUGGUAACUCAUCAGGGGUCGAGCAAAGACGAAAUUGGCUUAGAACAGAAGAAAUAAUGUCACGACCAAAUUCGUCAAAAAUUAGAACUUUCCAUACUGGAUCAGGGCUGGUCGUCGGCACCAAGAGAUUGUCCAAAGAUGCAUUCGGAAAUAUUG